CGCGCGCUGUCACAAUGCCGUCUCCCUGUAUUCAGUUGCCGGGGCAUUCUCGCUAUUCAGCUUCCCGGGCGCCCGUUAUUCAGUUUCCCGGGUGCACCCUCGCUCUGUCUGUAAUGGCGGACUCGGGGCCUGUUCCUCCCCUGGACCCGGACCCGGACCCGGACGCCGAGGACGGACCCGAUCCCGAUCCCCCCGCCGGUUCCCCGUGCCCUCUCCCCGGGGUGCUGUAUGUGAGUUUCCUGCCCCCGGGCCUGGGGCCCAAACAGCUCCGGAACAUGAUGUCGGUGUUCGGGGAGAUCGGCAGAGUGUUCAUUCAGGAGAGAGAUCAGUGGAAGAUCCACAGGAAGAAGAAGAGCAGGAACCAAUGGAAGGGUCAGACUGAAGGUUGGGUGGAGUUCCAGAACAAAGCUAUCGCCAAGAGAGUGGCCAGAAGUCUCCAUAAUACACCAAUCGGGACCCGGAAGCGCAGUCGCUUCCAUGAUUCCUUGUGGAAUAUAAAGUAUUUACAUCGUUUCAAAUGGAUUCACUUGAGUGAGCGCCUCGCUUACGAAAGGCUGGUCAGGCGACAGAGGAUGCGGGCUGAGGUGUCCCUGGCCAAGCGUGAGACCAACUUCUUCCUUCAAAAUGUAGAGAAGAGCAAAGGCCUGCACAAGCUGCAGGAGAUGAAGAGGAAGAAGGGACAGGAGUGGCAAGAGAAGAGCUGGCAUUUCAAGCAGCGGGAGACCGAGAUGGAGAUUCAGGCCAGCAAGGCUGCCAGCCGCAAGAGAAAGGCCCGCGAGCUUGGCAAGGCAGCUGAGAUCCAUGGCCAAGCGCAGUCGAAUGUUACACUGCUUGCCAAGAUCUUCAACCCUGCAGCAGGGCAGGAUUAGACUCUGUCCCCAGGUGGGGGAUGCAAAGCCUGCCCACUCUGGGGCAGUUAGGGACAGUUUGCAGUGCUGGUAAUGAUGUGUGGCAAUGAAGUACAGUCAUUGGCCCACCACCACUGUGGAGCAGCUGGAGAAGGUGGGCAAGCCCAGGCUCAGGGCCUAUAACUCAGGGCUGGGACUCCACUCCAGCCAUGGUUUAAGCCCUCGCGUGUCAAAAAAAGGGCAAGAUGAUUGGGUUAGGAACGGGCGUUGGUCAGGGUUGGGGCACUCGGGGGAGAGCAAUGCCAGGAUGAUGUUUCUUCAACUGACGAUAUUUUUUUCAGAGAUUUUGUUUUGUACAGUGUUUGGGCUCACCAAUAAACCCAAUGUUCAGUCUGC